AUGGCCGACAGAGCACGAUCAAGAUCGCGCUCGCCCCGGCGCGAUCGAGAUAGAGACAGAGACAGACCUCGGAAGCAAGGAGGCUUCAGAUGGAAAGACAAGAGCCGCAGAGACGACCGCGAUGACCGGGACGACCGAAGAGGUCUUGAGCGAGGCUACCGCAACCGCUCCCGCUCCCCCCGUCGCGAUCGCGACUCGGACAGAGACCGCCGCAACAAUCGCGGCGGCGACGACAACUACAGGCCCCGCGACUCGGGUGGCGCUAGUAGAGACAGGGACAGGGACAACAACAAGCCCAGCGCCUCGAGCUCGAAAGAUGCGCCGACGAAGCCUAAGAAGGAGAAGUCUGCACCCGCACCGGCUGCCGGAGGCGGCGAGGAGAUGAUCAUCGUCCACGUCAACGACCGUCUCGGCACCAAGGCUGCGAUCCCGUGCCUGGCCUCGGACCCCGUCAAGAUGUUCAAGAUCAUGGUUGCGCAGAGAGUCGGACGAGAGCCGCACGAGAUUCUGUUGAAGCGCCAGGGCGAACGACCGUUCAAGGACAACCUUACGCUGGAGGACUACGGUGUGAGCAACGGAGUGCAGCUAGACCUUGAGGUCGAUACCGGUGAUUAA